AAAAAGAAAACACGAAGAAGAACAACGUCCGAAAAAUCUCAGAAAACCUGAAAACCGAAUGCUUUCAAAAAAAAACCUACACAACAUAACAGAAUGGAAGAUACAAUACUGGCGAUAGAUAGAUCGCACCACGCUGCCGAUUUGGCUUCGCACUGCAGGAUGUAGCGAGGUGUCCCGCUUUUCCUUCCGAGGGAAUGGAUCGGCAUCGCCUCUUUUUGUAGUCCUCACAAGUUUUGAUUGCAGUAAACAUACAAUCCUUCGAGAGCAAGCAACACAGCCGUCAAUACCGCCAUCGACAACAGGAUCCUCACAAGAGAACAUCAAAGGGAUGUUGACCAAGACAAAGAGCAUCAUGGAAGUCAUCGUCGAGUCUGGGAUCGGAAGAGACAAUGGCAACGACGACGACGACGGUCUCGUGGCGAUCAGAGACGACCGCCAGCCAGCACAAGAGGAUGGUUCGUUGUCGCUCCCGACGUCCCCCCCCAAACGAUCGAGACUCAAAAGGAAGAAAGACAAAAAAUCAAAGAGGCGCUACACGGCAGAGAAGGUAACGCAACUCAAGAAGAAACAAUCGAAGCAGAAGCCAGGGUCUCCUCCGAUGCUCACCGAGGACUUCCGUCUCAAAGAAGUCCUUCUGUAUUUGCUGAUGUGCGACGUGACCCUGCUCUUGUGCCAGUACAACCACGACGAAAGUCUCAAAAUCGCGUUCGAUGCCAUUUUUGCCACCGCGGAAAUCCCUGAAACUCUCUUUCCGGCGGUGCGGUUUCGUAUGCUCAGUGCACGCUUGGAAGAAGUUGCUGGCGCGAAGAACACGAAAAGCAGCAGCAGCAACAGCAGUAGCAGAAGCAAACAAUCUUGUAAACUGAGCAAGUCAGCCAUCGAUGCCCUUCUUUCUUUCGGUCUGAUCUCUCCGGUCCUGACAUCUCGCUCAACGAUCGAGAUGAAUGCUUACCAUGCACAUUGUCACCUCAAGAGGCUCCCAAAGUCGGUAAUGGGACCUCUCAGAGAUCUAGCGAAUCAUGGUGGCGAGAGCGACAAAGAGCUAAGGGACGACUAUCACCACGACCUUCGACAUCUGAGAAGCUGCAUCGCCGCGUUUGRAGGUGAGCACCAGUUGAAGAGUGGCAGCAAUGCCGGAACUGGGAUCAAUCCAAGGCGUGUAAAGUUUCUUCUCUUUGUCAUUAGCACGCAGCCGGCAUUUAUGAAGGUCACCCAAACAAAGAGUAUCCGCCUCAGAGAACUCCAGGCGCUACUUUCGAGGAAAGACCAACAAUUGAAGUCGAACUAAAGCUCGAAUCUGCUGAAGACAGUCACGGAUGGCACAUAGAAUUCGUAGCGUCGGCAUGGGACGCUUGCCCGUGAUUCCUUUAUAUACACAG